AUGGACCCCAACUGCUCCUGUCCUACCGGUGGCUCCUGCGCCUGCGCCGGCUCCUGCAAAUGCAAAGAGUGCAAAUGCACCUCCUGCAAGAAAAGCUGCUGCUCCUGCUGCCCCGUGGGCUGUGCCAAGUGCGCCCAGGGCUGCGUCUGCAAAGGGGCGUUGGACAAGUGCAGCUGCUGCGCCUGACGUGGG